CUGCGUGCGUAAGAGGAAAUGAAUCGUUUACCACCUACGGAGACGUCUACUUGAGACUAUACGUGCCACAUGGUUAUCAUAUUUUGAAUUGCAGACGGAACUAUUCAAAAUGAACCCUUUGGAUACACUUGACGACCGCCAACUUCAAGGGUUUUUCAGGCGCAGUAAGACAGAAAUGUCUUGCAUGGAUAAGCCACAAUCACUUUUAAAGCAACUGCGGGACCACGAGCUCAUUCCUGAGGAGAAAUAUAAGGAGAUGAUCCGUAUAAAGAGCAAGGAAGUAAUGCAGGACAACGUAUAUGAACUUCUGAACUGGAUCGAGACAGAGCGACCCUGGGACAUCAGGUUGUUCUGGAUCUGCGUCUUCAAGGAAUUCAUCAUGACCCAGUACCCCACUCUGAAGCGGCUACAAGACUCUCUUCGCUCUCUGCCGAACGGGGAAAAUGCGGAGAUCUGGACGUUGGAUAAGUACAGGCACCAUCUGCCUGUUACCUGUGGUGACAAGCAGGGGACGCUCUACCGCGACAAACUGGCAAAAGGAGAGCCGUGCAUCCUGAGGAACAAUGACUGGUACACACCCUGCGCGUUUCAGAAGCUUAGCGGCAAGGGCAGCCGCAGUAACUGGAAGAAGAGUAUCCGUUGCAACGACACCACGUUAGAAAAGCUAUUGAAGGACGAACACCUGACAUGCCCGGGAUAUAAUAAGAGCAAGGCUAAGAAAUCAACGCUCCCCUGCAGCUCAAACACCGCCUCUCUGCCGAAGGGGGAAAAUGUGGAGAUCUGGAUGUUGGAUAAGUACAGGCACCAGCUGCCUGUUACCUGUGGUGACGAGCAGGGGACGCUCUACCGCGACAAACUGGCAAAAGGAGAGCCGUGCAUCCUGAUGAGCAAGAAGUGGUACACACCCUGCGCGUUUGAGAAGCUUAGCGGCAAGGGCAGCCACAGUAACUGGAAGAAGAGUAUCCGUUGCAACGACACCACGUUAGAAAAGCUAUUGAAGGACGAACACCUGACAUGCCCGGGAUAUAAUAAGAGCAAGGCUAAGAAAUCAACGCUCCCCUGCAGCUCAAACACCGCCUCUCUGCCGAAGGGGGAAAAUGUGGAGAUCUGGACGUUGGAUAAGUACAGGCACCAGCUGCCUGUUACCUGUGGUGCCAAGCAGGGGACGCUCUACCGCGACAAACUGGCAAAAGGAGAGCCGUGCAUCCUGAGGAACAAGAAGUGGUACACACCCCGCGCGUUUCAGAAGCUUAGCGGCAAGGGCAGCCGCAGUAACUGGAAGAAGAGUAUCCGUUGCAACGAAACCACGUUAGAAAAGCUAUUGAAGGACGGACACCUGACAUGCCCGGGAUAUAAUAAGUGCAAGGCUAAGAAAUCAACGCUCCCCUGCAGCUCAAACACCGUUUCAGCUGUCUCUGAAAGCGAAGAAGAGAUGGAGGAAGAGGAGGUGGAGGAGGAGGAGCUGCAGGCCAACCCGGAUGAAGAGGAGGUUAGCAUGGAGGACGAAGUGGAACUGCAGGGGAAUGAUUGCUCUACGCAGAACUCCAAUACAGGCUCCUUCCCACUUUCUGAUGAGGAGAGCAGUGGCGAACAUGCAAGGGAAGGACUCUCGGAAGACAAGUCCAUGGGGAAAGAGAGUGGGGGGAGAGAUAAACUUGGGAGUUUCUGUGACCGGGACGAGCAGCAGGGACACUCUUCUUCUCAGGCUUCUCCAAGGAAGAGGAAGCCAACCUUCGGUAUACUGUCCUUAACCACCAGGGGAGCCUCUCUGCCGAAGGGGGAAAAUGUGGAGAUCUGGACGUGGGAUCUAUACAAGCACCUUCUGCCUGUUACCUGUGGUGACGAGGAGGGGACGCUCUUCCGCGACAAACUGGCAAAAGGAGAGCCGUGCAUCCUGAGGAACAAUGAGUGGUACACACCCUGCGCGUUUCAGAAGCUUAGCGGCAAGGGCAGCCGCAGUAACUGGAAGAAGAGUAUCCGUUGCAACGACACCACGUUAGAAAAGCUAUUGAAGGACAAACACCUGACAUGCCCGGGAUAUAAUAAGAGCAAGGCUAAGAAAUCAACGCUCCCCUGCAGCUCAAACACCGCCUCUCUGCCGAAGGGGGAAAAUGUGGAGAUCUCGACGUUGGAUAAGUACAGGCACCAGCUGCCUGUUACCUGUGGUGACGAGCAGGGGACGCUCUACCGCGACAAACUGGCAAAAGGAGAGCCGUGCAUCCUGAGGAACAAGAAGUGGUACACACCCCGCGCGUUUCAGAAGCUUAGCGGCAAGGGCAGCCGCAGUAACUGGAAGAAGAGUAUCCGUUGCAAGGACACCACGUUAGAAAAGCUAUUGACGGACGGACACCUGACAUGCCCGGGAUAUAAUAAGUGCAAGGCUAAGAAAUCAACGCUCCCCUGCAGCCCAAACACCGUUUCAGCUAUCCCUGAAAACGGAGAAGAAAUUGAGGAAGAGAAGGGGGAGGAGGAGGAGCUGCAGGCCAGCCCGGAUGAGGAGGAUGAAGUGGAACUGCAGGGGAAUGAUUGCUCUACGCCACGCUCCGAUACAGACCAAGGAGAUGAUCUGGAGGAAGUGACAGACGAGAGGCCCAUGGUCGGCCAGAAUGAGUUCAGAGUGAUAUGUGAAGCUAUGAGUGGGAUGCUGCACGAGAGCCACUUUGCCUCAGGGAGGUGUGGGAACAGUAUUCGGACAGAAGACCGUUUGAUGAGUCCAGUGGAGUUCGUGGAGCAGGGUUCAGCAAUGCCUAACGCCCUCUGGAGGAGGGACAUCCAAUGGGAAGGACAGCCGCUGAGCAGCAGUCUCAUUGAGAGGAAGAUGUUGCACUUACACUCUGAGCAGUGUGAAUGUCUACUGUGCCAUCCAGACCCUCAAGCCCUGGAGGAACAGAAGAGCGAUGAUGAUUGCUUUGUGUGUGGGAGACUGGGUGACCUGGUGAUGUGUGACCACUGUCCACGCUCCUUCCACCAAAAGUGUCACCUGCCCCAGCUGGACCCCUCUAUACUGGGGGACGACAGUAAAUGGAUGUGUACAUUCUGCAUCUGGAAUAGGAAUGAGUAUUUCUUUCGAAUGACGUACGAAGAGACCCUCAUGCAUCCUGUCUCCAACCACAUGCUGCCGUGCCACUACCUGCUCCUGUCUCUCUACAAUGCAGACAAGGAUCAAAUUUUUGCAAAAGACCCAUGCAUCCAUGUGAGGGGAUACAGCUCUCAAAUCGUGACUCCUAUGUGGCUGGACAAGAUCACAGAGCUCCUGGGCCAGCAGUACACCGUUGGACAGUUAUUAACCGAUAUCCAACUCAUUUUCUCCAACUGUGAUAAAUUUAACCAGAAUAGACCAGAGUUCCGGGACAUGGGAAUCAAACUGAAAGAGUUCUAUGAACAAGUUGUAGAAAAGGUUUUUCGCAGGCAGUAGCAGAGAAAUGCAACGUGCUGAUGGACCUUGGACAUGCUAGAAUUAAAUGCGUGGAUUUGUCACUGUGCUGCGUUUAGCACGUUGAGGAACAAGGCAGUUUAGCAAUAAGAACGGGUACUCGUCUGUGUGAAUGGCAUAACAUUCUUUACUUUAACAUAAAACAACUUUUUAUAAUGUUCUGGUCUUUAAUGUAUAAAAUUAGGGCUGUCAAAUAUUAUCAAAUGGAAUGACACAUUAUCAUUAAUACAAAAUAUACUUAAUAAAUAAAAACUAGACCAAGUGAUUUUGAGGGAGUUUUAUUGACUUACUCAGUGUGGGUUGAAUGUGAAACUUAUAGAACACAACAAAUUUGGGAAUUGUAAACGGGAAGUUACUUAGUACAAUUGUAAACCAACAGUUACUACAAGUGAAGUUCAACUCAAAUAAGUAGCGCCACAGAUUUGGGAAUUGUAAGCAAAAAUCACAGCCAAAGUAUUAAUAUAAUUAAUGGAGAUUUUCAACAUCUCAGGAUGAAGAUAUUUAGUCAACAUCAAGUUAAUAGUCUGAUAAUUUACCAGGAUAAUUGUGAGGACAUUCCAUCGGUAGGAUGGGGGUGCUAAAUGUGAUACCAUAGAAUGAAUUGGCUUCUAGGAUACCCCUCACAGUUAUACAUUGCUUCACUCUCAAAAAGGAUGUGUUGGAAACAACAUAUUCUUAACGCAUCCAUGUGUUUAGUUAAGGACAACACAUCUUGGGCCCUAUUUUAACGGUCUGAAACGCAAGUGAGAAGCGCCAAGCGCAAGUAGCUUUGUGGGCGGUUUGAUGGCGAUGUCGCUAUUUUACCGGUGCAAAAAAUGACUUGCGCACGGCGCAAAUCUAAAAAGGGUUGGUCUGAAGUAGCCUAAUUACCCGUAGGUGUGGUUUGGGCAUGCAAUCAACCAAUGAGAGGGCCAUCUCCCAUCCCAUUUAAGGGCCAUGAGCGCAUUUGAAUCUGACAAGUUUAUAUUUUGACAUCGCGUCUGCAGUCUCCGAUGAGACAGAUGCACAUGAAUUUCUAACUUCAAAUGCCUCAGUUUAUGGCCAAAUAGUAUGGCCUAAUUCACACAUGGAAUAAGGUUUUCUUCCACAACUUCAGAGUCCUCAAAUAAAUGUCGGCAAAGAAAACGUAUAUGAUAUAACAUGAUAUGCGUAACUGUGGUUCUAUUUAAUGAUAGACCCAAUAUAUUAUAAACAUCGUUUCUUAUCAGUGUUGUAUGCAUUAUCGUUAUCGACGUGUGUUCCUAAUAUGCAUGUGUCCCCCUUUUAAUAUACAUUGCCAAGGACUGUAUUAUGCGUUUUGUGUUUAGUUUGCGUGUGUUUAAACAGAUGGACGCAUACACACGCGCCCGGGUAGAUGUUCAAAUACUGUAGUUUUUUAAACUGCUAGAGGUUAGCAGAUUUUUUUUCACAUUAUGCAAUUUAUGAAGCUUUUCUUACAUCUCCAGACAAAAUGUGUCAUGCGCUGUGACAUGACAUUACAAUAAAAUUAAAAUGUUUAAAUAUUGAUUUCAAAUAUAAAUCAGGUAUGUUUUAUGUCUAAGAAUUACUCUUAAGGAACGAUCAUUACAAUUCUGCAUAUGUAUUUUUGCAAAGCUGUUUUUGGAUUCUAUUCCUUACUUGUGCCAUCUUUUAUCACUUGCUCCCGUGGAAAUAUUGUGUAAAAUAAGACAAAAUAUUUGAAAAUGUUGAUUUUUUUCUUUUGAUAGUUGUAUUAUGCAAUGUUUUCAAAUGAACAUAAUCAUUAAAGCUAGUUAACAUAGUAAAAGUUA